UAUUUUUCUCAUACGUCGUAUGGCAAACGUCAACAAUUGAUAAACCAUUCACUUAUAAAAAAUAAUAAUCAAAUUCUUAUUCCACACAAAAAUAUUUUUGAGUUUUGUUUGUGUGAUAUAUUUUAGAUGGUAAAAUGAAUCGCUCCGAAGGAUUGGUGCAACGAAGAAAUGUUUUAAAGGAUAACAAUUCCGAUGGAACAGCAAAAGAGAACCAUGACGAUGAUAAGAAAAACGAUAAAAAUUAUGAUGAUGGCGACUCUAAAGAAACUCGUUUAACAUUGAUGGAAGAAGUUUUACUAUUGGGAUUGAAGGAUAAAGAGGGUUACACAUCGUUUUGGAAUGAUUGCAUAUCUAGUGGCUUAAGAGGAUGUAUACUAAUUGAACUAGGACUACGAGGCCGCGUAGAAUUAGAAAGAGCCGGGAUGAGAAGAAAGGGAUUGUUAUCUAGAAAAGUUAUAGUGAAAUCAGAUUCACCAACUGGUGAUGUUUUAUUAGAUGAAGCAUUAAAACACAUGAAAGAGACUGAUCCACCAGAAACUGUACAAAGCUGGAUAGAGUACUUGAGUGGUGAGACUUGGAAUCCAAUGAAGCUGAAGUACCAACUGAAGAAUGUCCGGGAAAGGCUAGCAAAGAAUCUGGUGGAGAAAGGAGUUCUUACUACGGAGAAACAAAAUUUCCUACUCUUUGAUAUGACCACACAUCCUUUGACAGACAAUGUUAUCAAAUGUCGCUUAGUUAAAAAGGUACAAGAAGCAGCGCUGCGGCGGUCGAUCAGUGACGUAGCGCACGCAGACAAGAGGUCGCUGGCGCUGUUGAUGUUGGCGCACUCGGCAGAUGUGCUGGAGAAUGCAUUCGCUCCACUAUCGGACGAGGACUAUGAGCUGGCUACGAGACGUGUACGAGCACUUCUCGAUCUAGAUUUUGAGGCUGAGGCCAUGCGCCCAGAUGCCUGUGAGAUAAUGUGGGCCGUCUUCGCCGCCUUUACCAAAUAGCGGCCCAAAGAUCAUCAGAAAGACAUGGCCGCCAUAUAUCUACUCGGAUUCGAUACGCAUGAGAUGUACGAAUAAAGACAAUGAUGUGAGUUUUGUUCAUCUUUGGUGACUUAAUUUGUAAUGUGGUAUAUCAAAUCAUGCCAGUAUUAAACAUUCAUAUGUAUAUAUUAUAAUUUGGAUAAACAUUUUUAAUGUGAUUAUUAAAUAUUUUCUCAAAUUUGGUACUAUGUUGAUUAUUCACCACACUAAAGCAUAGGAGUGCAAGUUAAACUGGCACAAAGAUAUAUUAUAGUUAAAUUGAUAGGUAACUGAUAGAUAUAAAUUGUAUAGAAUAAAUAACUAUGGUAUGUAUAUGUCCCUUUUGUGUUAUUUUUUAUGCAUAUAUAUUUUUUUCUAGAAGUUUCUUAUGCCGGUAGACUUAAAGUAAAUUAUAUUUGCUAACAUAAUUUGUUCCUUAAUGAUCAAAUCUAUGCAUGUUUAUCAUUGUGUAAAAUAGAGAUACGGUUUGUAUCAGGAAUUACAUUUGUGGUAAUAACUGGCUUUAAAAAGGCUUAUGAUUUCGUGAGAGUGUUAAAAUUUAAAAACCUUUAUAACUUAUGUAUUGACAUAAAAAGGCAACUUUUUUUAUUAAUCUGAUUGGUUUUUUAAUAAUUUAAAUUACCCCUAGUUUUUACACUGUUUCAAGUUAGAUGCAUUUUUUCCAGUUAAUUGUACAAAAAAACUGUAUUUCGUUAAGUGUUUUGUCUACAUUAGAUUAUGUUGCAUAAAAAAUUUGCACCACUGAAACAGGAUGUACUAAAGUUCUUUUUUGUCAUUUCUUUUUUAAAUACAAAUUUAUCAAAAUUUCCUAUUAUUUUAAUUUUAUGUAAUAAUGUAGUUUUUAGUAUGUAAGUUUGUAGUAACUUCACAAUUCUCACGUUAGAUUAAUUUUAUAAAACAUUACUACAUUAAAAUGUCAAUUUGUUUUUCGAUAAUAUUUAU